AUGUGCCACCAGGAAACCGCAGCAAACGGCUGGACUAGCACGCCGGCUAAUGCGGGCGCCAUCUUCGGUGACCAGCCUUUUAUCAAUAAGCCGGAGCCUCUAUCUCUCAGUGACAUCCAAUUCCCAUUUGAUGAUCCCACAGUCGCAAAGACUCUGAAAUAUGCAAAGGAAACCCUGCAUCCCGAAACCUUCAACCAUUCGAUGAGGGUUUACUUCUAUGGAAUGGCCAUUACCAAACAGCAGUUCCCCGAGCAAGCCGCUGCUCUUAACCCCGUGACUUGGGCUCUGACAUGCCUACUGCAUGAUCUCGGUACGGCUGAGGAAAACCUGACCGCAACCCGCAUGUCCUUCGAUAUCUAUGGGGGCAUCAAAGCCCUCUACAUCCUCAAAGAUUUCGGUGCGACGACGGAUCAGGCCGAGGCAGCUGCUGAGGCAAUCAUCCGACACGAAGAUAUGGGAGUCGAUGGGACGAUCACCUACAUUGGUCAACUCAUCCAGCUGGCCACGACAUACGACAAUACCGGUUUCCAUCCGCACGUCAAGAAUUUCGGUGAACUGAUUCACGAGAUCACUCGCACUCAGAUCAACGAGGCGUAUCCGCGCAUCAAGUGGUGCGCAUUCUUCUCUAGCGUCAUUCGCAAGGAGGAGAAGAUCAAGCCCUGGUGCCAUUCCACCCAUCUUGUGAACUUUGACCAGGAGAUCGAGGCCAACACUCUCAUGAGGCAGUGGGAGUGA